UCCAGAACUUGACCGCUCAGUGAACUAGAGAGUGACAACGCGGACGAAGGAGCUCUUACCCCUCUCGCUUUGCUGCUCUGAAAAUUCCAACCCAAUUAUUUUGAAGAAAACCCACAGCACCAAGAUUAUGAGUUCUCAUCUUCCAUUUCUCUUUCAGAUUGGAUACCAUGUUGCCUAGAAGACAUAUGCGCUGCUAAUUGCUUCCAUGGACUCUGCUGGUUCUGAAACAACGGCUUCUUGCAGGUUUGGUGAUCGAUCAACAAGUGAUGUUGUUGUGAGGCUUAGAACGAAGGAUGGGCGAGAUGAAUGGAUAUAUUGUCACUCCCACAUUCUCACUGAUAAGUGCAAGUAUUUUGCUGACCGCCUUUCUGAGAAUUGGCCAACAUGUCAGAUUAUUGAUUCCCGGAACUGUGUGGAGGUCUACUGCGAGGAAUCAGAAUUCGAUUACCAUGUCAUUGUUCUUCGCCUUUUCUAUGUUAUCGUUGAUGGCUCAAUUGAUGACCCGUGGCAAGGAGUUAAAAAUGCUCUAGGCAUUCUUCGAGUGGCUUUUGAACUUGGGUGCCCAAAAAUUGUUUCCGCUUGUGUGAACUACUUGGAAGCAGUUCCGUGGGAAGAGUCUGAGGAGGAGGAAAUUCUAAAAACCAUACCACAGAUGGGUUCUGAAGUGGAAGCUAUUCUUGAUCGUCUUCAACCAGUCAAUCCAGCUGCCAUCAGAAGAAUUUUUCUCUCAUCAAUUCAAUUCGCCACAUCAUCCCCUCCACCAUCCUUGAAUGAUAUCAAGUCUUCUGCCCAAGAACAACUCGAGUAUAUGAUAACUGAAGAUGAUGAUUCCCCUUUGCUAAUAGCUGAUAGUGAGAUAAAAGCUGAGGUUAAAGAAUGUGUGAAUAGACUGUUUGCUAGGUUUAAUAAUGCAUUAGAAGCUAUGCUAUGUGAGGCUAAUCAUUCAUCAGCAGAAGAAGGGAAAAUGCAAAAUUUUCAGUCCCUCUUGUCGGAUUUAUCGUGGGCAUGUCAAAUAUUGAAUAAGUUGGAAAUUAUGAGGGACUUUGUCCAUAACUGGAUGGAUGCAUCUGACAAGAUAGUUAAGAUUGUGGAGCAAGGAAAUUCAACCGAUGACAUUAUUGAGACAAAAUCAAAAGUUAUUGAGGUGGCUGCAAAAGUCUUGGAGGCUAUAGGUUACGGCACUGUCAUAUUGCCAACUGCAAGGCGGCUUCAUGGGGUGAAGGUAUGGCUUCCUUUUGUGAGGAUCACUAAACCUCUGAUUGAUUCCUUCACAGCUCACAGUAAUGAUGGUGAUGAAACUACGCCUACACCAAAGGUAGAUAGUGAGCUUUGGCAAUCCUUAGAAUCCACCUUCAUUUCGAUAAUUCUCGCAUUGCCAUCCUACGAGCAGGCUGGGAUAUUGGCUGAAUGGUUAGGAAAUCAGCAAGUUCAAUAUCCAGACCUGACUGAGGCAUUUGAGGUCUGGUGUUACAGAUCCAAGGUUGCUAAACGAAGACUAUCGUCAUUAGGUGUAAAUAAUGAAACAACAGCCAGUACACUUUGACCUCUUUAGUUUAACCUUUACCCAUCUCUUGUUAGGAACUCAAGUCAGGUUGGAUUACCCUUGUUAGGGACCACAAAAAAAAUGUGAAAAAAAGGUUUAAGCAUCAUUUUUAAUGGAAAGGUUCGAGUAAAAAUAGUUUUUCUGCUGAACUGUUUGACACUCUAGUCUGUAUAGGUCAGCCACCACCCCCAUUUUAGACUUGUUAAUCUGUAAAUUUUGAUUUUUGGAUGUGGUAGUUGACAUUUAUGUUUUAGGUGCUUAAAUAGCUUUAUUUACUUACUAAAAA